GGAUUUGUUUUGAUUGGAUGGAUGGAUGGAUGGAUGUUGGAUCGAGGGAUCGAUGGAUCGAGGGAUCGAUGGAUCGAGGGAUCGAUGGAUGGAUGGAUGGAUGGAUGGAUGGAUCGAUGGAUCGAUGGAUCGAUCGAUGGAUCGAUGGAUCGAUGGACGGAUCGACGGAUGGAUGGAUGGAUGGAUUGAUCGAUGGACGGAUGGACGGAUGGACAGAUCGUCGGAUGGACGGAUCGACGGAUGGACGGAUGGACGGAUGGACGGAUGGAGGGAUGGACGGAUGGAGGGAUGGACGGAUGGACGGAUGGACAGAUGGACAGAUGGACGGAUGGAUGGUCGGAUGGAGGGAUGGAUGGACGGAUGGACUGAUGGAUGGAUGGAUGGAUGGAAGGAUGGAUGGAUGGAAGGAUGGACGGAUGGACGGAUGGACGGACGGACGGACGGAGGGACGGAGGGAGGGACGGAGGGAGGGACGGCAGAGGGACGGACGGACGGACGGAUGGAGGGACAGACGGAUGGAUGGAUGGAUGGAUGGAUGGAUGGACGGAUGGAUGGAUGGACGGACGGACGAACGGAUGGAUGGAUAGACGGAUGGAUGGAUGGACGGAUGGAUGGAUGGAUGGAUGGAUUCAUGGAUGGAUGGAUGGAUUGAUGGAUGGAUGGAUGGAAGGAUCCAUGGAUGGAUGGAAGGAUCCAUGGAUGGAUCCAUGGAUGGAUCCAUGGAUGAAU